AUGGUGUCCAGAGAAAAGCCCCAACUUUCUGCCUACAUGGCCCAGAAAUCUGAUCUCUUUGACGCACUACCGGACGACCUCGUCCUCUCUAUUCUCUGUAUGCUCAGCUCCACCGCCAAUUCUCCUUCCGACGUCGUCAGCGUUCGCAUCACAUGCAAAAGACUGAGCCGAUUAGUUGUUCAUCCUUUGGUGUUACGCGGCGCAGGACUGAAAGCAUUCGAUAUUAACGCCGGGAACUGGUCGGCAUCCGCGGACUGGUUUCUAGAACAGUGCGCCUCCGCCGGUAAUGUUGAGGCCGUCUACACCCUGGGCAUGAUUCGAUUCUACUGUUUGAAGAAUCGAAAGAGCGGUAUUUCUCUGAUGGUGGAAGCCGCGCUGAAGUCCCACGCGCUCGCUACAUACUCGAUAGCCGUGAUCCUCUUCAACGACCCCAACUACAUCAAAUACUGCGUGCCCGUGGCCGCUACGUUGUGCGCACGCGCUGCCUCCCUCGGUCACGUCGACGCCCUCCGCGACCUUGGCCUGCCCAGGAACGUGCGCGCCAGACGACUCCUCCUUGGGCUGCUCAGCGCGCUCCUCUCCGCCGUGCUCCGUCGCUUCUUUAAAUAUCCGACGUCGUGGCCGUCGCCCCGCAUCUUCAGGCGAAUCAUGGAGCCCAAGCACCCCGACGACCUCCAUCACUUCAUUGUCGCGCUGGAAAACUGGCCGCUUCCGCACCCGGCGAACCGGUUCCUGAUAGGAUGGUUCAGGCAAACCGCUUCCGCACCCGGCAAAUCUUCAUCAUCUCAUGAAGAUUGA